AGGAGGCCGUUUGAAGAGGACCCGUCAGGUUUUUGGUUUCCAGAGGUUAUACAACACCAUUCCCAUUAUACUUUUUCACAAGAUAUUAUUUUUUAACUCAGCUAUAGAGCCAUGAAUCCUGAUAUUAUGAAAGAGCGGCAAAAUGCCACUUUUGACGUCGAGAAACUGACGUAUAUUUUGGACGGGGGCCCAGAAAAGACCAAAAGAAGGCGAGAAAUUGAGUCAAUGGUUCUCAGCGACCCGGACUUUCAGGAGGAGGACCCAAACUUCCUGUCCCGCAGUGAGCGCUAUGACCAGGCUGUUAGAAAAAGUGCUCAAAUGAUCCUGAAGCUCAGAGAGUAUGGCAUUGCAGACCCAGAGGAGAUCUACUGCUAUAAGAAGUGUGUGCACCCCGACAGGCCAGAGCCCUUGGAUCUCCAUCUGGGGAUGUUCCUGCCCACACUGCUCAACCAGGCUACCCCACAGCAAAUGGACCGUUUCUUCAUGCCUGCCUGGAACCUAGAGAUUGUCGGCACCUACGCUCAGACUGAGAUGGGCCACGGCACUCACCUCAGAGGGCUGGAGACCACAGCCACAUAUGAUCCAGCCACUCAGGAGUUUGUCUUAAACAGCCCCACAAUCAGCUCCAUCAAAUGGUGGCCUGGAGGACUUGGAAAGACCUCCAACCAUGCCAUAGUUCUAGCCCAGCUUUACACUCAGGGAAACUGCCACGGUCUGCAUGCUUUCAUCGUACCCAUCCGCGACAUGAACACACAUGUACCCCUACCAGGUAUUGUGGUUGGAGAUAUUGGCCCCAAGUUUGGCUUUAGUGAAGUUGACAACGGCUUCCUGAAACUAGAGAAUGUUCGAAUCCCACGGGAGAACAUGCUGAUGAAAUACGCCAAGGUGGAGCCAGAUGGAACCUAUGUGAAACCACCAAGUGCCAAGCUGACCUACGGCACCAUGGUGUUCAUCCGCUCCAUGAUCGUAGGCGAGUCAGCUCGAGCCCUCGCCAAAUCCUGCACCAUCGCCAUCCGAUACAGUUCUGUUCGUCACCAGUCUGAAAUCCGGCCAGGAGAGCCAGAGCCCCAGAUCCUCGACUACCAGACGCAGCAGUACAAGCUGUUCCCUCUGCUAGCUAUGGCCUAUGGCUUCACUUUUGUUGGCCAGUAUAUGAGUCAAACCUACCAACGCAUCAGUGGAGACAUCAACGAGGGCGACUUCAGUGAACUGCCUGAGCUUCAUGCCCUGUCUGCGGGUCUGAAGGCCUUUACUACUUGGGAAACCAACUCUGCCAUUGAGGUGUGUCGCAUGUCAUGUGGUGGCCACGGCUACUCUCGCAGCAGCGCCCUGCCAGAUAUUUAUGUCAAUUUCACCCCUACAUGCACCUACGAGGGAGAGAACACAGUCAUGAUGCUGCAGACUGCAAGAUACCUGGUGAAGAGCUACCAACGGGCCAAGGCAGGCCAGCAGCUGAGCGGCACUGUGUCAUACCUGAAUGAAGCAGAGCACCAGAGGGUCCAGCCCCAGCCCGUCGCUGCCAGGCCAACCGUGGUCGACAUAAACGACCUGGCUAGCCUGGUGGAGGUCUACAAACUACGAGCUGCCAUUCUAGUAGCGCUGGCAGCUAAGAGCAUCCAGCAGGAGUUGCAGCGCAGGAAGAGCCCGGAGGACGCCUGGAACAACAGUGCUAUUGACCUGGUCAGAGCCUCAGAUGCCCACUGUCACUACGUUGUAGUGAAGUUAUUUACUGACAAACUGGGGGAGAUUGGUGACACAGCCAUACACUCAGUGAUGUCAACCCUGGCUCUGCUCUACGCCCUGCAUGGCAUCACAAAGAACUCUGGAGACUUCCUACAGGCUGGACUGCUGAAUGUGCCCCAGGUGCUACAGAUUUCUAUUCGUAUCAAGGAGCUGCUGUCUCAGCUGAGGCCCAACGCUGUGGCACUGGUAGAUUCCUUUGACCUCCAUGACAAGAAGCUGAAUUCAGUCCUGGGACGAUAUGAUGGGAACGUCUAUGAGCACAUGUUCGAGUGGGCUCGCCGCUCACCCCUAAACGCCACAGAGGUCCAUGAAUCCUUCCACAAGUACCUGAAGCCUUUGCGGUCCAAACUGUGAGCUACACCUUGCACAUUGAUUCCUGGCUGUGACCCUUCAUCUGUGUGCAUACAGGCACAAAUGUCACAGUAUUCUAUCAACCCCAUGACGGUCUUCAUACCCCAUCAGCUGGUAUUUACCAGUCUGAAGGAAUUUAGCCUUCCCUACUUUAGUCUCUCUAUAUGUGGUUAAGUUGAACACCACAAUCAACCUCUUUAAAGGCCAUGGUAAACUGUAAGAUUUUGUAGGAAUGUAGACGGCAAGCUUAUGCUCUCAGGUGACGUGGAAAUCAGAGUUGGCUGCGAACAGGGGGUUGGACGACCUAAAACAAUCCGAAGAAUCUUAUUAAUGAGGGGAAUGGAAACGAAACAAGGAAUGCAAAUUAUAUCUAGAAAUCUCUAAUAAAGUCAUUAUUUUGAGCCCCAAAAGUAGUUUUAAGAAUAUUGAAGUAAUUAAGUACAGUUUUAGUUUUAUUUCUGUAGAGAAAUUCGAUUGUAAAGCUGAUUAGUAUUUCACUUUCUGCUGAGUGCCUGAUGACUCCUCUGUGUGAGCCAGUCAAAAUAAAAAUUGCCAUUUUUUCUAACGAGAAGAGAAUGUUAUUAUGAAUGUGUUUUAUGUUGGGAACAGACAACAGCAAAAUCUGUUUUGGUUGUUUCCCCUGACUACAAGGACCAACGUGGUUUAAAGAUACUGUGCUGUUUGUUAUAAUUGUUAAGAGGCAUUCAUUCAUCUAUGAUCUUUUAGCAAUUGCUGUUGGCUUUAAGAAAGUAUUGCACAGUGUUGAUGCAACUUUUCUCUUCUAGUUGCUCUAUCCCUGUCCCACCACCUGUCACAUAUCUUGCUGUAUUUGAAUGAUCCACGUCACAGAUACUAAUAGUGUGUAGGUUGCAUACUUAACUGUACACUGAUAGAAGCUGAACUCAACAGUGAGCAGAGAGACACUGUAUGUGAGGCAAUCACUUGGUGGUUUGAGGAGAUUUGUUCCAGAUUCUUAAUUUUCUGAGAAAAUUAGCUCACUCUUUUUUUUUUUAAUCAUGUAUGGUGGUUCUCUAUUAAGCUUUGUUUGAUCAUUAGAAUGAAUGGUUACACUAUUAUGUGUGUCCACAAGCUUUGCAUAUGUCAAGUGUGUAAAAAGGCCACAUGUGCACUGCAUAUGUGAAUAAGUACCCUCCCUCCCUCCCUGCUGUGUGGGGUUGAGAUAUAUACAGUCCCUGACAAAAGU